AUGGUGUCACCGGGAGCCAUGGAUGACCUUCACCCACCACCCGGUACAGACGCGCAAGGAUCGCAAUCUCACCUGUUUCCUGCCCCAAAUCUGAGCAGCGUCCCAGGCAGUGAACUACGCAAACUCACCGACGCCGUGAUCGUCGCCGCCGAGUCCAACGGCGAGCUCUAUGCUCCUAUCUUCCGUCGGCUACAGAUCCGACCGGAGAAGUACCAGAUUUUCCACAGUGGCGUCGUCCGUGUCAUUCGAAAUCGACACCACAAGCUCAUCCAACGAGCCUCUGAUGCCAGUCUGAGGAACAUGACCGAACUCCUACUCCGAGCUUUCGGGUACAUCGUCUGGAAAGCCGACUCGGAGUGGCUCUUGAGCGGGCCAGAGCUCGACCAGGGGGAAGACAGAUUGGUCUACGUGAGAGGCAAGGAUCACCUUACAGACCCAAGAUUCUAUCCCAUCCUCGAGGAUCUCUGGCGCCAAAUGCGCAGUAUGAUGUUCACCCGUCGUGGACGCGGCUCAAAGCCUCAUGGCAGAGCGGGCAGUGUCGCAGCAGCUGACGCGGAAGACUUGUACCUGGCCGAGAUCGACACGCGUUCCUCUUCACCCGUGGCCUUGAGCCAUGCUCGCGUCCGAGGUCGAGCUACUACGAAGCUGGACAACCUGGCCGCCCAGAUUGCGCGACUAGUUCCUCACCCCCAGCCGAACAUGAGUGCCGAACGUACAGAGGAGGCAAUCGUUGACCUUAUUGGUCGUCUCGCCGAGAUCCGCGCCCACAGUGACCCACGCACGUUUCAGGAACUGUGGCAGAUGCAUAUCAUGCGAGUUGAGGAGCUGGAUGAUGGGCAAGAACUGGAUGACGAGGCGGAGCCCGAGUCGAAGAAGAUCAAGAUCAACACCACGAGCCUUACCACCGCGAACGAGAGCCAUUCUGGUGUUGCUCGCAUCCACGACGACCGUCACGAGCAGCGGGUAUCGCCAUCGAACGUGCCAUUCAUGACGGAGGGUAUCCCAGUCUUGCCACGCUCACUGGUCUCCCAGGGCGUUAUUCGGCCGUCUCUUCCGUCACUCAUGUCGGUCUAUAUCAGCGUCUCUCGUCUACCUGCGCGAGGCCAUUUCAACUCCAUUUCGCACACGGCGGCCCCGUCCCUCGCACAAGCGUACCACUGGUCCUCGGCACCCGUCGAGGAGCACAGUCUCGCACCCUUUUUCACCGGCAUCUGCUACCGCGCCAACGUCUCCCGGUCCGCUGUUCUGGGUUAG